CCCAAGGAUAAGCAAGAAUUGAACAUCACCCAACUUUCUAUUAUAAUCCUAUACGCCCCUCCCCCCCCAAUCCUCUCGCCGCCCUUCUCUCACACUCAUAACCUGUCAACCGAAUAUACAAUACACUUCCCAUCACGCUUCAGUUGCUCUGACUUUCGACAAUGUUAUCCCAAAACUUCUCAGGUCUGGAGUGGUCGUGGCAACUCGCACCAGACGGAGUCGCCAGAGUCAUUCCUGCCGACCCCUCUGCCGCUGGAGCAGAUACUCCCUCCGGCUCGGUGCGUGGACGGGGCAGAGGUGGCGGUAACGUUUGCCUGCAACAAGCCGAGAGCUACAACACUACCUUCCUCGGUUUUGAUCCAACUAGAUUACACCCCGUAGGAGGCCAUCGCGGAUUCCCCCAUCUACAGACACCGGGAACGCAGCCGCAGACGCCUCCUCCCACGCCCAAUCCAUCGUUCGGCGAAGGCAGCCGCCCUACCAGCUCCCACUCGACUCGCAGCGGCGGAGGCCUCAUCAUCAAUGUCCAUCACGUCGCCAACAGCAACGCAUAUCGUCAGAAUCUUCCACUCGCUACGGCCGACGAGACACCACCCGUGUCGCCUAUGUCUUCCGCGAGCAAUCAUUCCUUUUCGAGCAGCUUCCCGGAAUCUCCCCUUCGGGGCUUCAACGACCUCUCCAUCUCCCUGAACAACUCCCGUCCGUCAACCGCCAACGGGUUGGGAGAAUUCCCGCCCAUGCCGCCGAACAACGGAUACGAGCCCACGCAGUACAGCUACCACGGACACGGAACCCCAAUCAACACGGCUAUUGAGGUGGGAUUUGCGGCCACGGCGAGGGAGGCGGUCACGAAACUGGUUCCGCCAGACGGGAAGCGAUCGAAGAACAGUCUCAAACAACUUCGAAAACACACGAAGAAGACGUGUGGAAUCUGUGGGCGUGAAGUUUCUGCGAUAAAGCGUCACAUGCGCAGUAUGCAUAACGAUGUCGGUAACCCCGCCGGACGCGUGAAAGUCAUCUGCCCAAUCAGCUACUGCGGGAAUGCCGCUGGGUUUUAUUUGGACAGAAUGGACAACUUGCGCCAGCAUUUGAUCUUGAAGCAUCGUUGCACCAAGGACCAGGCCGAUCGUCAUGCGAGAGAUGUGGUGCAGAACGUGCAGCGAAACUGAGGCUUCUCUGAGGACGCACCAAAGGGGAGAGGGAGGUGGGGAGACGGUAGAAAUUCGUCAAUCUUUAUCAUUAUUUAUGUUUUGUAUGAAGUUUAUGUGGAUGGGAAUCAUGUCAUGCCACAUUGCGCUCAUUGAUUGAUGAUAAGCGGGGUCACAUUGAUGAAUUUAUUAUUUAUAUACUAUU